AUGUCUUCCUUUUCAGUCUUGUCUUCUGUUUUAUGUUGUUUUCUUUCUCUUCCGUCUUCACUUUCUUUUUUUUUAACUUUCUUCUUCUUCUUGAUGUUACCAUAUAGAUUUCUCUUUCUUUCUAUAAUUCCCCGAAUUAUCUUGCCAUCUUCCUUUCGCGUUUGUUCUUGUUCUUAUUCUUCUUCUUCUUCUUUUUAUUUCUCUUUCUUUCUACAAUUAUCCGAAUUAUGUUACCUUUCUUUCGCGUUUCUUCUUCAUAAAUUUCUUUCUAUUUUCUUCUUCUUCUUCUUUUUCUUCUUCUUCUUCUGCUCCUUGUUGAUAUUACCAUAUAGAUUUCUCUUUCUUUCUAGAGUUCCCCGAAUUAUGUUGCCAUCUUUUUUUCGUGUUUCUUCUUCUUCUUCUUCAAUUUCUUUCGAUUUUCUUCUUCUUCUUUUUUUUCUUCUUCUUUUCUUCUUGAUCUACUUUUCUUUUCGAAAUCUUCUUCUUAUCAAUUUCUUUCGAUUUUCUUCUUCUUCUUCUUUUUCUUCUUCUUCUUCUGCUCCUUUCUUCUUCUUCUUCUUCUUCUUCUUCUUCUUUUCUUCUUCUUCUUCUUCUUUAUGUUACCAUAUAGAUUUCUCUUUCUUUCUAGAAUUUUUUCUUCUUCUUCUUCAAAAAUAUUCGAUUUUCUUCCUCUUCUUUCUUCUUCUUCUUCUUUUUCUUCUUCUUCUUCUUCUUCUUCUUGAUAUUAUGUUCUUCUUCUUCUUUUUUUAUAUCUUCUUCUUCUUCUUCAAUUUCUUUCUUUUUUUCCUCUUCUUCUUCUUCUUCUUCUUCUUUUCUUCUUCUUCUUCUUCUUUAUUCUUUUUGUUAAACUUUUAUAGAUUUCUGUUUCUUUCUUUUUCCCCCAAAUUCUUCUUUGCCAUCUUUUUUUUUGUUUCUUUCUUCUUCUUCUUCAAUUUCUUUCGAUUUCCUUCCUCUUCUUCUUCUUCUUCUUCUUUUUCUUCUUCUUCUUCUUCUUCUUCUUCUUCUUCUUCUUUAUUUUUUUUAGAUUUCUCUUUCUUUCUUCUUCCCCCUUUUUUAUUAGAUUCUUUUUUUCGUGUUUCUUCUUCUUCUUCAAUUUCUUUCGAUUUCCUUCCUCUUCUUCUUCUUCUUCUUCUUCUUCUUCUUAUUCUUUCUUUUUCAUUAUCCUCUCUUUUCCCUGUUAGAGGCUUCUGUGUGGGUCCGUUCCUUGUUUACAUUUCUCCAAAUUACUCAAUUAUUUUCCGUCAACGACAGCAUAAUCUAGGUCUCUCUCUCUCUCUCUCUCUCUCUCUCUCUCUCUCUCUCUCUCUCUCCUGCUAUUGA